AGACAGUCCUUCUCUGUGAGGGAAAAGAAGAACUCAUACUGAUAAGGCAGCCCAGCUAGAAUUUAUUUUACCCUUAAUACUUGUUCGUUUCCAAUCUUUAAGGUUUUAGGAAAACACAUUAAGCAGUUCUUAAGCUCUUGAAUUAUUCAAAUACCUUAUUUUUUGUGUCUAGUCAGGAUUUUUUUUUUCCUCCCAUAAAUUGUAUGCAUCUGAGCCCCUUAUUUAGGAAGUUGGAAUGUGCAGCAUUUGGUCAGACAGGAUUUGAGCUUAUCUGGACCUACUAAUUGCAAGUUUCUCUGCUGUGCAUUUUUUCAGUUAUCCACAUCAGGAAAAUAAAGAGAGAGGGUGAAGACUGAACAUUUCGGUUGCUAAAAACGUCACAAGUUGCUGAACUCUCCUUCUUUUGCAAGUUAAACAGAAAGUGGGAUAUGCAGUAGUUUUGGACUCACUUUAAGAAGUCAGUUUGGAAUCAGGAGAGCUUUAAAGUGUUUAAGGAAGGUGCUUGGCUAGACGACAAAAAUAAAAACAGAUAUCUGCAAGCAUUGAAUGACUUUAGCAUAAUGACAGCAGAAGAUUCAAAUGAUAUGAUGAGUAACAAUUCCUCAAACAUGUCCACAUCAAAUGUUCCUGAGGGAGUUUCUGGAGCACCAAAUGAAGCAGCACUGCUAGCACUAAUGGAGCGUACUGGUUAUACUAUGGUCCAAGAAAAUGGUCAGAGAAAGUAUGGAGGUCCACCACCAGGCUGGGAAGGCCUUCACCCUCCACGUGGUUGUGAAGUUUUUGUGGGCAAAAUACCCCGUGACGUUUAUGAGGAUGAACUAGUCCCUGCCUUUGAAAAUGCUGGAAGGAUCUAUGAAAUGCGCCUGAUGAUGGACUUUGAUGGUAAGAAUCGUGGAUAUGCCUUUGUGAUGUACACCCACAAGCAUGAGGCUAAGAGGGCUGUAAGGGAGCUGAACAAUUAUGAAAUUCGGCCUGGGAGACUCUUAGGUGUUUGCUGCAGUGUAGAUAACUGUCGGUUAUUUAUUGGAGGGAUCCCAAAGAUGAAGAAAAGAGAAGAGAUAUUGGAAGAAAUUUCUAAAGUGACUGAAGGGGUUCUUGAUGUUAUUGUCUAUGCAAGUGCUGCUGAUAAGAUGAAAAAUCGAGGCUUUGCCUUUGUAGAGUAUGAAAGCCACAGAGCUGCUGCCAUGGCACGAAGAAAGCUAAUGCCAGGAAGAAUCCAACUGUGGGGUCAUCAAAUUGCAGUUGAUUGGGCAGAACCAGAGAUUGAUGUUGAUGAAGAUGUGAUGGAGACUGUUAAAAUUCUUUAUGUCAGAAACCUAAUGAUUGAAACAUCUGAGGAUGCAAUCAAAAAGAUCUUUGGCCAGUUUAAUCCUGGAUGUGUUGAACGGGUUAAAAAAAUACGUGAUUAUGCUUUCGUGCAUUUUGCCACCCGAGAUGAUGCCGUUCAGUCCAUGAGGAACCUCAAUGGCACUGAACUUGAGGGAUCCUGCAUAGAAGUCACUCUGGCCAAGCCUGUUGAUAAAGAACAGUACACUCGUUACCAGAAAGCUGCUAAAGGAGGGGCACCUGCCACCACUACAACCACCGAAGUGGCCCAACCAAAUUAUGUUUACUCUUGUGAUCCAUACACCCUAGCAUAUUAUGGAUACCCAUAUAAUGCCCUCAUUGGUCCGAACAGAGAUUAUUUUGUCAAAGGCAGCAUAAGAGGCAGAGGGAGAGCUGCAGCUGGCAACAGAACCCCUGGUCCCAGGGGAACCUACCUGGGGGGAUACUCGGCAGGCCGUGGCAUAUAUAGCAGAUAUCAUGAAGGGAAGGGUAAACUGCAAGAAAAAGGCUUUGAACUUGUACCCAACCUCGAAUUACCUGCAGUCAACCAAGUUGCCCUUAAACCUGGUACAGUGGCAAUUCCUACCCUUGGCGCACAGUACUCUAUGUUCCAGGCUGCUUCUGCUGCCAAACUAAUUGAAGAGGGCAAACUCCAUGGAAUGGAGCAUAUGAUUAAUCCUAUUGCUGUCCAGACUGAUCCAGCUAGUGCUGCUGCUGCUGUGGCCGCUGCCGUUAUGCCGUCUGUUUCAACUCCACCACCAUUUCAGGGCCGUCCAAUAACUCCAGUGUAUACCAUGGCUCCAAAUGUCCAAAGGAUUCCUGCUACAGGCAUUUAUGGGGGAAGCUAUGUUCCCUUCUCUGCUCCUACCACUGCUACCUUAGCCGCACUACAGAAUAAGGCCGCCACAGCAGCAUUGUAUGGAGGAUAUGCUGGUUAUAUACCUCAGGCAUUCCCCACUGCAACGUUCCAAGUUCCCUUACACGACCUCUAUCAAACAUACUAGAACUAUCAUCCUAAGAGUGGAGCAAUACAAACACUGAAGGAACUCUAAAUAUUUAUGAAGAACCUUAAAGAAUAUAUUCUUAUAAAAACAUUUUAUACAUGUGAAGAUUUUUUUUUAAAGAGAAAAAAAAGAAAACAUUUAUAGGUUGACUUAUACUUAUGUUCAAACAUUUCUAAAAUACUUUUUAUGUUUUUUUGGCUUUUUAUAUAGAUUUAUAUUACAUGGCUUUUGGUAGAGAUUUUAUCUUUAUAUCUCCUAUGUAAGUGGUAUGAAGGUUUUUUUUUAGCAUAUCUUGCACUCUCUAAAUUCAUAUAUCAUAUCUAAUAUUGCAUGUAUAUUAUGUAUAAGCAUCUAAUGAUGAUGCAUGGAAACAUAGUUGAGUGUGUAUAUUUAAGAACAUUAGAAUGUUCACUUUUGGAAAGGUACAUUAUUUAUAAACAUAUACUGGAAUAUUUGUGGGAUGGACAAAAAAUGUGUUCUUUUAAUUGGAAUUCACAAAUAUGUGACUAUUCCAUUAUGUAUUUUAAUGUCUUCACAAGACAGAGCAUAUAUGUUGCACCAUAAGUUUAAAGAAGUAGCAAUAAAAAGUCAGGGAUUUGUAGAACUGAUAAUAUCACAAAUAUUCUUUAUAUAAAACAUUUUUAUAUCUCCUGUUUGUAAACCAUUUAGUAAAUUGUAUUAAUAAUGUCGGUGAGGGCAGCAGACACUUUACAUAUCAUGCAAGUGUAGUAUAAAAUACUUAAAGUAUGUGUGUGUAUAUAUAUAUAUAUAUAUAUAUAUAUAUAUAUAUAUAUAUAUAUAUAUAUAUAUAUACUGUAUAAAGUGUUCUCCACAGAAAAUUUUGCAAGCCAGGUGGCAUUAUAAAGUAGCCCGCAUUGUAAUACUUUCUAAUAUAACAUUUUCUGCUAUAAAAAGCACAAAUUAAUUGCAUAAUUUAACAUGCAUUUAUUUAAUAAUAAUUUGUGCAAUAAACAUUAAAAAUGUUUAAUAUUAGCUCAUUUUAACUUCAUAUUAGCUAAAAUUUUAGCUGGGUGGUGCAACCAUUAAAGAGGUCUUGGAGAGAACACUGAUUUAUUUAUAUAAAUAUAUUAUUAUUUCAGUAAGCCGACGGUUGCAAGUUUCACAUUAGAAGGUUGUUUAUUGCAUGUAAUUAGAGGCGUGUCAAAUUGCGGUCUCUAUUACAAUAGCCAUAAGUAUUAGUUGUACAAUUCUUGGUUGCAUUAAUUCAUGGGGGACUAUUUAUUAAUGUGCGAGCGGAUAUGAUACGAUGUAGCGUAUCAUGUCCGCCGCACAUCUAUAAAUGCCGACAGCAUGCGCUAUCGGUAUUUAUCAUUACACAAGCAGUUCUUGUGAACUGCUUAUGCAAUGCCACCCCCUGCAGAUUCGGGUGUCAAUCAACCCGAUCGUAUAGGAUCAGGUGGAUUGAAGACCACAGCCUCAGCCUUAGACCGCUGCUUCAUAACUACUGUUUUCGGUAAGCCUGAAGGCUCGCGCGGAAACGGGGGCAUCAUGCUCUAUUCGGAGCUUGAUAAUUUGGCCCCAUUGAGUCAGUCUGCUCUUUUCUUAUCUCUGUUUUUGUUUUCGAGGGCAGCUAGAAGCCCAGAUCAGACAUAAGUGAAUAAGUCUAAGGAUGUCUUAAAACCUCAGCACACCACUGCUAGAACUAUCAUGUAAUAGGCAAAGCCAUAAUAUAUGUAUAGGAAUUAGAUAAAUAAAUAUGUUUCUUAAUAUUUUUAGACAACAUCUUAGGUGUAAUUAUUUUAUCCUAUUUAGAUACAUGUAUUCAGGCUAGUUUAAAGCAUUAUAUAAUAAAAUAAAUAAAUAACAUUUGGCUGGUAGCUCAACAUCUCACCUGCAUACAAUAAAACAUGUGAUGUCCUUAUAAAAGCAGCUAUAUCUGCUUAUUAUGUUUGAUAUUGCACAGCUUCAUCUUUUGUUUAUGAAAUGCUGACCAAAAUAGUGACUUUUUAAAGGCCCCUUAAAGUUAAAAAAUGCUUUAUAAAGCAACAGAAAAGUUCCUAUUCAUCUUACUAUAUCUUCCCAUACAUUUUUAAUCUUUAAAAUAUAGGUACCUACUCUGAAAUAUCAUUGUUUCUUCUGACAGGGCUUUUCACCACACUCCAAAUGAAAUACUUCCAUAAGUGUCUGGAUCGGUUGCAGUCACGCUCACAGCCAAUCAUUUGGGGCAUAUGUAUCAAGGUCUGGCGGACCUGAUCCGACACUGCGGAUCAGGUCCGACAGACCUCGCUGAAUACGGCAAGCAAUACGCUCGCCGUAUUCAGCAUUGCACCAGCAGCCCACAAGAGCUGCUGGUGCAACGCCGCCCCCCUGCAGACUCGCUGCUAAUUGGUCGCCAGCAGGGGGGUGUCAAUCAACUUGAUCGUACCCGAUCGGGUUGUAUUGUAGCGAUGUCUGUCCGCCUGCUCAGAGCAGGUGGACAGGUUAUGGAGCAGUGGUCUUUGUGACCACUGCUUCAUAACUGCUGUUUCUGGCGAGCCUGCAGGCUCGCCAGAAACACGGGACAUCAAGCUCCAUUCGGAGCUUGAUACAUAUGCCCCAUAGACAGUAAUUUUGGAGAUCAGUGGAAAGCACCAGAUUGGUUUAUGGUUUUGGUGAUUUUAGAUUAAGCAAAGUUGGAGGAAGCAAACUUAUUAUGAUACUUAAAUGUGCAAGGUUUUUAUAUGGACCCAGUGUCCUGUUAAGACUCACCAAUGAUAGGGUAUUUGUCUACUGCCCUAGCUUUUUAUUAUGAAUAUUCCAUUUUAUUUUUUCAUGAACUUUGCAUAAUAUGAAUUAUUAUACAGUUUUAGACCUAGUAACAUUUAAUAAAGUAUUUUAACUUUGUUUUUUAACUGUUUAGUGAAGUGAUCAUUGCUGCCAUAUCAUAAUUAUUUAGUCCUUCUAGUAAGUAACUACAGAGCUGUUGGUUCACUGAAAAGAAGGAGUCAUGGGAAAGACCAUGUAAAACUGAAAAAACAAUGAGUGAGUUUAUAAAAAUACACUUUUUAGUUUAAAAUUCAUAUUUAUUAAAUGCCCAUUGGAGUAAUAUCUCAGGAAUUGCCUGCCACUCCUGUGAAGGAUCCAUAGGAGAAAUCAAUUUUUGGUGGGAAAAUUGAUUAUUAUAUAAUAACCCUAUUAGAUAAAAAAAAGUAAAAUGGGAAAUGUUCAGAAUUACUGACAAGAUCUAAAUGCACUCUACCCAAAUUCCAAGCCCUUGAAAAUGUCAAAACCUUUUUCACUGGAUCCGUAGAAUAAUGUGCAAUAUGAAUAGUAGGCACUUAACAUUCCAUGCAAUAUUGUAUAAAAGGCAAGCACAGAGGCCUUAAUUCGUGUUUCAGUCAAAAUCGCAGUAGAAGUUUAAAGGGUUGACCUAGAAUGGUUUGCCAAAUCGACAUGAUGUAUCUGCCAAAUGUAAAAGCCCAGUAGGCAAGACUUCCUGAAUCUGCCCACCUCUCCUAACAUCAAAUCUGGUACAACUUCCUUUUUAUAUUGAAAUGCUCAUAAAUACAAAUGUUUAUUACUCUAUUAUAAGUGAGGACACUAUGACACUGGUUGAUAGCUAUGUAAACAUUAUUUCAUAUGCCUGACGUCACUGGGAACUCAAACACCUGGCCUAAUACUUCCUAGAUAACACUCCAGGAGCGUGAAAUAUAUGGGGGUUUUAUUUGUUAUAAAAAAAGGAUGUCCUCAUUUUUAACCGUACCUCUGUUGUGACAGAGUUUUAGAAUCUAGUGAUGGAAACGUAUAAUUUAUAAAAACAAACAAAAAAAACGAUUUACUUUAAAACAUUUUACUUUAAUAUAUAUAAAAAAAAUCUUCCAUGGGUGUAGGUGACUUUAGGUAUACAUUUUUAAGAAAUAUAUUUCUGUAAAUAUUUUCUUUUAAGAAGCUUUGUGUGUGGCACACCGAAAGGUUAGUGCCACUUUAUUUCAUUGUUAUUAACAAAAGUUUUGUUAUAAUAGAUAGUAUAAUAUUGUUGCAGUGCUUGUGGCCUGUUUAAAGGCUUUUAUAGAAUUAUGUCUAAGAUAUUUUAACAUGUGAAUGCAGCAUAUUUCAUUCUCUUUCCACGGUUGCAUUAUUGCAAAUACCUGUUGUGCCAUAACCGCUUUCUCUUUUUGGGUAAGAAACUGGAAAUAUUCUUAUCAUCCCUAUUAUUUAUUAUUUUGCAGCAAUUGUUGUUUGUACUUUAUUUUUUUUGAAAGGGGCAUUACCAAUGUAUUUUGAGGUUGGCAAGAGUACAUCACCAAUUUAAUUUGAAAACAUUUUGAAACAUUUAAACAAAACAAGAUAUAGAUUAUACAAUUGAUUAUCGUCAUACCAUCUUAAAGGGAUACUAAACCCAAUUUUUUUUCUUUCAUGAUUCAGAUUGAGCAUGCAAUUUUAAGCAACUCUCUAAUUUACUUCUAUUAUCAACUUUUCUUCAUUAUUUGCUAUCUUUAUUUUUAAAAAGCAGGAAUGUAAAGCUUAGGAGCUGGCCCAUUUUAGGUUCAGUACCCUGGAUAGUGCUUACUUAUUGGUGACUACAUUCAGUCAAUCAAUAAGCAAGCGUAACCCAGAUUUUGAACCAAAAAGUGUCUGGCUCCUAGGCUUUACAUUCCUGCUUUUUAAAUAAAGAUAGCAAGAGAACAAAGAAAAAUUGAUAAUGGGAGUAAAUUAGAAAGUUGCUUAACAUUACAUGCUCUAUCUGAAUCAUUAAAGGGACAUUAAACACUUUGAGAUGAGAAUAUAAAAUGAUAAAUCAUAUAAAUAAAAAAAGUCUGCAUUAUACUUUCAUUAUUUAUUUUGUCUCCUUUUCCUGUAAUUCCAUUCUAAAAUUGUGAGCUUUUCAGUUCCUGUUAGAAAUGGAAGGGCAGAACACUGUUCUAUUCCACAAAGCCAUUGGCUGCACACUCCAGUGACCUAUUUAUAACUGUCCCUAAUUGGUUACAGCAGAGAAAUUAACCUAAGUUACAACAUGGCAGCUCCCAUUGUUUUAUAAACACUAUACAUUUUACACUUAUUUUGUCAAUAUUUAAACAGCUAAUGAAACUUUAAAAAAUAUAUCUACAUUUUAUUCUCAGACUAAUCUUUUCUUUGAAUGCAUCAUUCUAUCUAGCAUUUAUUUUGUGUGCAAUGUCCCUUUAAAGAAAAAAAUUGGAUUUAGUAUUCCUUUAAUCAAGGAAGGGGAACAAUAAGCAUGGUUCAAUGUAACAUAGCGCAGUGUAUUAUAGGGAUACAAAAGGGAAAUGGUAAAUCUGUAUUAACAACAAACUCAUAUUUUAAAAUGAAUUGUUCUGCAUUUGUAAAGCACUUUUGUAAUUUUCCAGAAGUGCGUUCAUCUUAUUACAUCAUUUAUUUACUCAUUGAAAUGAUGGCAUAUUUUUAUUUCGGUAUUUAAAAGUAAAAAUAAAAGUAUACUUGUAAAAUAAAUAAAACAUGUCACCAUUUUUUUCUUAAUAUAAUUGCAUAAAUGGCAUCAUAUUUUUUUUCAUUUUGCUCACAAAUUUUCUAUAUCUGUUGUAGAAACUUUUUGACUUUUAAGUCAACAACUCAUGUAGGUGCUGCUCAUAAUUUAUCAACUUUGUAACUUAGAUCUAAGCUAGGACCACCAUGUUGUUUUUGGAAGCUGAUUGUAUUGAGUGUUGCGGCACUGCGCAUAUGUUUGUAAAGCCUUUAGCCAUGCAACAUUUUUCCGUUUUGGUCUCUAAAGGUUGCUUCAUUAUUUAUGAAUGUAAUUAGGCAACAUGUACAUUAUAUUAAUGCAUUCUACUCAAGUUGGUAUUUAAAAAGUCAAUUAAUUGGUAAAUUAUGUUAUCAAGCUUUGUGCUCACUACUAAUUUAUUAGAUGACUUAUUAAAGUGCCAUUGAGAUUUCUCUGAUCUCUUUAAUUUGAUCAAAUUUGUGUUUCCCUAAGUCAAAAGGGUUUCUUUAAAUAGGAAUGAACAUAGUCCAUAGAGUAUUUAGAAUGACAAAACUGUGUAGAAACCUCUUAAACCAAGCCAAGUACAGCUAUUUAAAUGCCCUUUUGUAAAUCUAGUUGAAAGUAUUUUAUUUUUUGUUCUGAAACCAUUUCAUACACACUACUGAUUUUAUUUUUUUAUUUUUUUUUUAACUUGAAAUGUGAGCUUCUUAGCUUAAGAACAAAAUGCACAAAAGAAGGGUGGAAAACAAUAUAAUGUGCCUUUAUUAUUGUUGAUGUGUUCAAUGUUAGGCAUUUGUUUGCUUUAUUACUUUGUUUUUAUGUCGUUGGAAGCUGAUAAGUUCACUAGGAGCUUUUAUUCUUCAUUUGCAAUAUAUUUUUAGCUAGUAGUAAAAAUAAAGUAUUCUUUAAAACAAA